AUGGGAAAUGAAUGUAAAACAUGUAAAUAGGAUGUUCAAUAGAUAAGCAUCCCCACUUAAUAAAACAUUAUUACUUAAUCUCAUUAAUAUAGUUUUGGAAUGAAUUGCAUAGACAAUGAUGUCAAUUUUGAGUUCUCCAGUGUGGAUAUUCCUGCUGUCCCUUAAUUUGGUUUUGAAUAACAAAAAAUAAAAGCCGAUCUAUUUCCCCCUUAAGCCUUAAGAGCCGCAUCAGAAGAUUCAUUUAUGUCUCUGUUAGAUCAAGAAGAAACAAUCGAAUAGUAAAUCAAGGAAGAUAUUCGAAGCACUAAGCAAAUCAAGAGAUUUUAAAGCCAAGAGGAUUACUACAAUACUCAGUAAUCGAUUCGAAUGAGAUACAUUGAUGGGAGUUAUUUGACAGCAUCGUCAGAAGCACAACUCCAAUAAUAGUAACAAUCUCAAAGAUCUAUUCAGAAAUAAAGAUAACUAGUAUGGGAUUGUAGAACAGUGAACAAGGAAUUGCAAUAAAAGAAAAAAGAGACGUCAAACUAAAAGACAAACUCAAACUCCAAGACUAUUUUAUUACAAUCAGAUCAAUAGGGACUUAGUGAGAAAGAAAAGCCAAAAAGAAAAACCCAUACGCCUCAUUAACUUAAUUAAGCUAGAGAGGAUGAUAAUCAAAUAAAACCAAAUGAAAAACGAAAAUUUCAUCCCAAAAUUAAAUAAGAUGAAUUUGUUUAAUAGAAGGGAAAUUAUCAGUUGCAAUCACAUCGUAGUGAUUUUCUUAAAUAUGAUUGA